AUGUCCGGCGAAUGGGAUAUAAACGACGCCCACAUACCCUACGUCCAGGAUAUCAGCUUUGAUAAAUUCUACGAAUGGGCCGACGGUCACUGUCGCUACAUCUACCAUUCGACCGAUGAUCAAGCCCGCAAGCACAUAUCUGGCUGGGCGAUGCGAAAUACGAACAAUCACAAUGUAAGCAUCCUGAAAAAGAGUUGCCUCGGUGUGUUGAUAUGCUCGGUACGUUGCCGGCUUCCAAACGGAAGCCAAAUACACCUACGCCCGGCUAUAUGUGAUAAAGCCCGCAGAAAGCAACAGGGACGAGCGUGCCCUAAUCGGAACUGUAAAAACGGCCGGCUCGAGGUACUACCAUGUCGAGGUCAUUGUGGAUACCCUGUCACCCACUACUGGCGACACACGGAGCGGGCUAUUUUCUUCCAGGCAAAAGGUACCCACGAUCAUCCAAAACCGGAGUCAAAAACUUCCGGAGAUACAAGGAAACUAUCGAGUGUUUGUGCGAAAACAAAAACCAAAAAGCUGUCAGUUUUACUACUGAGAGAUGCUGCUUUGGGAAACAAGCUUUUGCAAUUGAAAAAUGGUAGCAAAACGACAAACAGUCCGUCAGCAGAAAUUUUACAACCACCUCCGCUUAUACCGGAUUCAAAUAUUGAUAAGUCAAAAUGCCGGUCCUGUUCGAAAAUUCAAUGCAAUUGCAGAACUACUAACACAGACUGCGAAUUAGCGACAAAGAGUGUAAGCACAGCAAACUCCAUUACCGCUUACACUGAGAGUAGUUUCAGUAGUACACCAGCGACACCGUGGUCGUGUCACAUAUCAAACAAUCAUUUCUAUGACAGUUUGAAUGGUGCGAUCCCUUCUAAUUUUCCCAGUUGCCCUGGAAGCUCAAUCGAUAGUUUCCAACCGGAUGAAAUCUUCCAAUUGGAUCAACCGUUACGAAAUAACUCGCAGCAAAUAGCAAACAUUAUUCCACCAGCGACUACAUUACUAGAUCUAGGAAGUGGCGCAAUUUACAAAAAAUGUAAUCAAAUCACGCCGGAGUACUUAAUCAGUAGUGCGACGAAUACGUUCAACGAAAAUUACCUGAAUCAUCAAGUUCCCUGCACUAUGUCCUCCAAUAAUGAUGAGUAUUCUAACAAAACCUUGCAACUAUCCUGCGCACCUGAUUUUACAAGAAUCAUCAAAAAAGAAGACAGCGUUAAAUCCUUCGAUUAUAAUUUGGCUCAACGGACGCGAUACGACUGUGAUAUCAAUCAAACAAUCUGCAAGAAAGCUGGCAAAGCCAUGAAUAUGUAUUCCAUUAACAACAAUAGUGCAUGUAAUCAAUACGGAAGAUACCAACAAGUUCCAUUUAAUCAGAACGAAGAAACCAGUUACGGCUUUCCCAGUGAUUCCGGUACUUAUCAACAUGGAUAUAGUUUAAACUAUGUAACUAACGGAAUACCUAAUUCUACAAACACGAAUACGGGAAACAGCUAUUCCGAAGACUGUUAUCGAUAUACCAACAAUGGAUAUCCCAAAGCGGCCCUCGUAAAUUCUGGCAGCGGAACCCAAGCACAUUCUUCGGACAACAUUGUCGAUGCUGAUGCCUAUCCUCCAACAGUAAACAUCUCUCGACCUCCUGGUUCGAAUCGGAGACACUCGAAGAUAACGUGUUCCGGCGUUUCUUCAGUGUCCUGGCACAUCACGCAGAAGGGCGACUCUGCAUGA